CUACUUCAGUGUGUAAGAAUGAAGCAGAAGCUGAAUAAGGAAAUGAACUAACAGUGGCAAGACUGUCUUUCUAUGUAUUCAGUUAACAGGAUGGAGACAAACAAGAGAGCUAGCAUGACAGAACUAACAAGGCAAAAGAAGCUCCCAGCUUUAGGCAACAUGGCUACCAAAAUGGAGCCUGUAGCUUGCAAGAUCAUGCCACCAUUUCAUCUCGAGCCUGCAAGUAAUGUGGCUGCUAGAAAGCCGGCUGUAGUUAGCCACAAAAAAGAAGAGGAAGUCAGCUACGAGCCUGUAGACAACAUGGCUGCUUCAAGGCCAGACAAACUCCAAGACCUAGGCCUGAUUAGUGAGAAGCCCCUAGCCAGACCUGUAGAAGCACUUGAUGAGUUGUUUCAGCUGCUGAAGCUCCAGGACUUGCAGAAAAAAAUGGAGGGGCUGAAAGUGGUACGUGCUCUGGCUGAGCAUCACCCUGACAUUCUGCUGCCCAGUUUACAUGACGUCUGCCUGGCUGUGCUCAAAGAGGUGGAAAACCGGCGCACCACAUUGACGCAUGCUGCCAUUAUUACGAUGACCCACCUAUUUGCCCACCUUCGCAAAGAGAUGGACAAGGAGUGUGAGCGCACGGCCACUGUCUUGCUGUACAGAGUGAGUGAGGCCAUUGGGUUUAUCAGAGAGAAAGUGGACAUGGCGCUCAGUGCCAUGGUGUACAGCUGCUCACCUGUCCAUGUCAUGAACGCUUUACUUAAGGGAGGACUCAGCCAUCCGGACCCUCUCGUGAGAAAGCACAUGGUGCUGCAUCUGGAUGAACUCACUCAGGUUGCUGGUGCUUCAUGCCUGCUGACUGGCAAGAAGAACGCCACAGGGCGCUUCGUGUCUGACAUCAGCAAAUUAGCUCUAGACGCUGCACAGGAAGUGAGGUACGUGGCUGAAUUCUUCUGCCUCUUCCCAUAUGGUUUGCUGUUUAGCACACUUUUUUAAAAUCCAGCCAUUUUUAAAUCUUCUUCGCAGGUCAGUUGCCUAGAACACACUUCAGUUUUUGGCCACAGACAAACAUUUGAUUAAGAUGGUAGACAAGUUUGUGCCGGAAAAAGACAGAAGGACAGUCAAAGAAAUCAUCAGCAAGGGCAAGUAAAAAAUUCCUCACUGAAGACACUAACAAUAUGUAUGAAUUAUUAGGUCAGCUUAUGUUUGUUUCUCUUCUUUUUGAUAUACAUUAAAAAAAAACAUAGGAACAGAUCCCUCUAGUUUGGAAUAUCAAAUAUGUUAAAGGCAGUUUGCAAAAUAUUUUAUAAUUCUGAAAUAAAAGAGC